AUGGCUCCCUCCGCAAUUUCUCCAUCGGUCUCCCUCGAGCAGGAGGACCACGCCCGCGAUGCCGCCUUCAACAAGGCUCUCCACGGCAAAUCAUCUGAAGCCCAAGGUGGACUUAUGGCGAUGCGCCAAAAGGACAGAUCGGCACAGAAAGCAGCCGUCGACGAGUACUUUAAGCAUUGGGACAACAAGGCAGCCAAAGAAGAGACCGAGGAGAUUCGAAAAGCCAGACGAGAUGAAUAUGCUACCUUGACAAGACAUUAUUACAACCUCGCCACUGACCUUUACGAAUAUGGCUGGGGUACUUCCUUCCAUUUCUGCCGCUACGCCUAUGGCGAGUCUUUCUACAAGGCCAUUGCCCGGCACGAACACUACCUAGCCUUGAAGAUGGGCAUCCAAGAAAACUGGCGUGUGCUGGAUGUCGGAUGCGGUGUUGGUGGGCCAGCGCGAGAAAUUAUCAAAUUUACAGGAGCCAAUGUUGUGGGAUUGAACAACAACGACUACCAGAUUGAGCGGUCAUUGAAAUACGCAAAGAAGGAGGGCAUUGCGGACAAGUGGUCCGCCGUCAAGGGCGACUUCAUGCAGAUGUCUUUCCCUGAAAACAGCUUUGAUGCAGUUUAUGCCAUUGAAGCCACAGUUCACGCUCCCAGCCUGCAGGGAGUUUACGAGCAGAUCUACAAGGUGCUCAAACCUGGUGGCGUUUUUGGAGUCUACGAAUGGCUCAUGACUGACAAGUAUGACAAUAACAACCCGGAGCACCGAGAGAUUCGACUUGGAAUAGAGCAAGGCGAUGGUAUCUCCAAUAUGGUCACGGUCUCUGAGGGCUUGGCUGCUAUUAAAGCCGCUGGGUUCGAGCUAGAGUACCACGAAGACCUUGCAGACAGACCAGAUCCCAUCCCGUGGUACUGGCCUCUUGCUGGAGACUGGCGAUACUUGGCUACCUUAGGGGAUGUUUUCACCAUUGCCAGGAUGACUUGGUGGGGACGAGGUCUCAUUCACAGAUUCAUUGGCCUAGGAGAGACCCUGAAGGUAAUGCCUCAUGGUACGCAGAAGACGGCAGAUAGCCUGGCGUUGGCUGCUGAUUGCUUGGUUGCCGGUGGAAAACAGAAGUUGUUCACACCUAUGUACUUGAUGGUUGCGCGGAAACCAAAGGCUUAA